UUUGUACGUGCGUCCGAAAAAGAUCUCAUGGGGUACCGGACAUUCGCCGGCGCACCGCUCAUCGUCACCCUGGGCGACUCAAUCACACAGAAUGGAGCCAACCCUGAGAUUCUCGGUUACCAAGUCCUGUUGACCAACGACUACGUGCGCAAGGCCGACGUAGUCAACCGUGGGUUGUCUGGAUGGACCACACGCGGGUGGUUGUCCAAAGUCCCUCUAUUGAUAGAAGAAUGGCGGAGAAAGCCGCCGUGCUUGAUCACUGUCUUCCUCGGCGCCAACGACGCGGCGCUGAUCAACUCCCCGGAUCACCAGCAACACGUUCCCGUUGACGAGUAUGUGGCGAACCUCACGCACAUGGUAACUCUGAUCCGCGCUGGGUUUCCGCUUUGCAAAAUCCUAUUCUUGACCCCACCGGUUGUCGAUGAUGCGCGGUGGCCCAGUCGCGCCAACUUGGAAACGAAGAAAUACGCUGCCGCCUGCGUCCACCUCGCCGCAUCCCUCGACGUACCCGUGGUUGAUUUCUGGACGGCUCUUCAAGGCCGCACGGACCUCCUCGCCGACGGACUGCACUUCAACCGACAAGGCAACGUCGUUGCCCAUCAAAUGAUUGUUGACGCCAUCGCUGAACAUUUUCCACAUUUGACGCCAGCCGCAUUGCCCAGCGAGUUCUAGGACAAUGUCAACUCUGGGAUCAUAAUGUGACGAUCCACCAUUUAUGCCG